AUGGACGAUAGAAUAGACACUUUGACAGAGCAGAUCUCCGGGCUGGAGCACGAUGUGGAAAACGAACAAUUUUGGGACCGUGUAGGCGCCGUGCUUGACGACGUAUUUGCCCAGCAGAAGGCUCUAGUGAUUCAGCGACUGCGACAGGAGCUGAAACAGCGGACGGCCGAGUGCAGGUCCCGUCUGGACGGGAUCGGACAGCAGCAGCUACGGAUCAAAGAGAUGUUGUCUUUGGGGCAGGUGCUGGAGACGGAAAAUACAAUUGAAUCCAAGGUCCAGGAACUGCGCCGGCUGAAACUGCAGCUGGGACGGCUGCAGAGAGAGUACAAGCCGGAACUGAAGCCUGGGCGGGCGAAAAUUACAUCCCGAGCAGGCCGGGCAGCGGAAAUCCCAGACAGCGUGCGAAAUUACCGGCUGCCACGGGGUCCCCGUCAAAAUAAAAGCUUGAGUGUUCGGCAGCUGUACGAGGCGUGGUUUGUGGGAAACGCAAGCACCCCAGACAAGAUGCCGAUCCGGACGCUGUUGCAGCAGUACCCGCAAUGGAGCUCUACAGAAACCACCUAUUUCAACCGGCUGCAGCGUGUGGCUCGGUUGUUGGAGCUGGUGGCGGGUGAGGAAGGGGACGUGGCUGGUGCGGUUGCAAGAGUAGAAGCCUACAUGGCAAAAGAAAAGAUCCCGGGCAUCAACGCAUUGUCGGAUCAAUGUUCGAAACAGAAAGGCGCGCCCGGAAUGGCACAGGUGGUGGAGCGGGUUAGGGAAACUAAGGGCUCGGAGUUAAAUUGA